AUCGUAAAGACGCUAUAGGUGCUUGGCAACGUUUGAUUGACCAAUCAAAACUAAGUUAAUAAAGAAUUCUUAACAUUCGUAAUCUUUCGUCCCGCGCAUUCAGUCUUCAUUACUUUCAAAAAUAUUACGUCUUUGCAUUUUGCAUAUUACGUCUUUGUUGCGAAGAACGAAUACACGGUGAAGAAGUAGGAAAAGUUCUUAUAUCAAAUUUGACACAAAGAGCUCAUAACUCAUAUAUUCUGUAGCAAGUAUAUAAGAAGAUUCUGAUUUGUAUUAAUUAUCUACAAGAUGCCUCGACAAACAAAGAAACGGUCGAAAGUACUUUCUGACAAAAUGGAAUCAAAUAUCCUGGAUCCAGUUUCAACAAUAGAGAACAAACAGCAUGUAGAUACUAACGAAAGUGAGAAAAAUUUAGCGAAGAAUGAUAAAGAAAAUCUAUUAAAAAUAAUUGCAUUGUUAGAAGACAAAGUACAAACAAUCGUUGCUGAGAACUUGCAAUAUGGAAAAAGAAUAAAAAAUGAAGAACAAAAAUGGCAAGAAGCAUUAAAUAUGAAAACACGACAAAUAAAAAUGUUUAAAAUAAAAAUACAAAAAUUGAGAAAACUACAAAUACAGGAGAAAAAAAAGAUGGAACGUAACAUUAAAACAUUAAAUGCGGUAAUCGAAAAAUUAAAGAAGAAUUCCAAUAAGGAUUUAAUAAGAGUAGUUUCUGAAAUAAGUACGGCGGAUUUAACAGCAAGAUUUAAAGAGGUUUAUGAGCCACUAAAGCAGUCAGGAUAUAAAUUUGAUGUCAAAGAUGCGAAUCAAUUUAUCAAGAAUUAUAGUAUUGUUAGAAGGUUACUGGAUAAAUCAUGUUCAGAUUCUCCAAUUUCUUCAACUUCUUCAAUGGAUAAAAUGGAUUACAUAGAAUCGGAGGAAGAUAUGGAUAAAGAAUCAGAGGAAGAUACGGAUAAAGAAUCAGAGGAAGAUACGGAUAAAGAAUCAGAGGAAGAUACGGAUAAAGAAUCAGAGGAAGAUACGGAUAAAGAAUCAGAGGAAGAUACGGAUAAAGAAUCAGAGGCAGAUACGGAUAAAGAAUCAAUGGAAGAUGUGGCUAAAGAAUCAGAGAAAGAUAUGGAUAAAGAAUCGAAGGAAGAAAAAAAAGAAAUAUUAGAAAAAGAGUAAUGAGAAUUAAAAGGCAAAAGGAUGCAGAUAAUAGAAUUUUAUGUUUACAUCACAUAUAGGUACACAAAGAGAAACGUACAUUUAAUUUUUAUUGUGUUAAAGUUAACGAUGUACCAGAUUCAUACAUAUGUAACCAUAUUCUUUAUGUUUUAUGUUCAAAAGUUAUAAGUUUCUCUAUAUGAGAAAUUUUUUAAAUAUAUUUUUAUUUUUAAGUUUUGAUAAUAUAAAAACUAUGGAAGAUGUAACUAUGCAAUAAAACUUGUAUAAUAUGUACAAUUAUAAACAAAUAUGUAUAGUA